GGAAGAGAGAGAAAGGGAAGCCGCCGCGCAGGCGCCGAUCCAAUGCUCGUGGAGAACGCUCGACGUCCGCGUGGCGCGAGUUAGAACUUGACUUGGUGCUUUUAGUCUUGGCUCGUCCCUUCGUCCAUCCCCGUCCUUACCGGGUGAGAGCCGCCCCACGGGGGCGAACUAUUCUCCGAGGGGAGAUGUGUGUCUGGACCGGUCGCGGGAAGAAAGACAGCGGCGCCGAUUCCGCUCGAUUCCGAACCGGCGAAUCGUUGACAAGCGAUAAAGACCACGCGUUGCUCCCACGUGCCUCCCACGAGUUUGCAGCAGCGAAAGUGAGAGCUCACCGCUCUCGACAAAGUCAAUGAAGUCUCUGACGGAAUUUCUCGAAGGUUGUCUUUCGCGUAAACAUUCGCAAGGUGACGUUUCAUGUCAAAGAAAUAAUAGGAGAUAAUCUUUCUGCUGAAAUAUAAAAAUAUUAUCGAGAAAAAUCUGAAAAGUGGAUAUUAUCGGAUUUCGAUCGAUGCUCUUGAUCGCGACAUGUCGCAGAAGAUUCUACCCCAUCGACAAGCACCCUCGAUCGAGACGAACGAUGAUCGUAGCUCAAAGAAAAGUACUCGCGCUCAGCGUCGAUGGCGCAUCCUGGCCAGAGCACUGACAGGCUCGCCGGAGCCGAUCGGCAGCGAGUCCGACGAGGAGGUGUCGGUGAGGCGAUUCACCAGCUUCGGUCUGCUGGAAUGCGCGCCGUUGGUGAACGCACCGGCGGACGGCGAGUCCAGCUGGUGCGAGUACUCGGCCCGUCUGGACGGCCGGUCGUACAACGUGCAGAUACGUCGAAUAAGCAAGUGCUUCACCGCGAGCGAGCUGAUCGGCUUCAACAACACCGGCAACGUGUGCGUCUGGCCGUCCGAGGAAUGUCUGGCCUACUACUUGCUGAGGAAUCGUGGUCUCUGCCGGAACCGUAGCGUCCUCGAACUCGGCGGCGGGAUGAGCUGCCUAGCCGGCGUCUUUGUCGCCAAGUAUUGCAAUCCCAGUGCCGUGACGCUCACGGACGGCAACGUGACCAGCGUCGACAACGUGCGCUGCAUCGUCGCCAGGAAUGACAUGACGCAUCUGGUGGAAUGCGGCGUCGUGCAGUGGGCCCAGGCCGCCAAGGCCCUCAGACAGGCGGCGGUCAAUGGUAAUCGGGUUAAGACGCGGACGAUCGUCGGCGACGAGCAACUGCCUUCGGGUUUUUACGACGUGAUUCUGAGCGCAGAUUGUCUCUUCUUCGACGACGUCCGAUUGGACCUGGUGGAGACGAUCUACGGCUGGCUGGCCGACGACGGGGUCGCUCUAGUGAUGGCGCCCAGACGCGGCACGACAUUCCAGAAGUUUGCCGAGGCGUCGAUCAAACGCGGUUUCAUAGCGCGACAGACGGAAUUGUACGACGAUACGGUAUGGUCGCGGCAUCUGGAACUGCUGGAAAACAAUCCGGAAUACUGUCCAGAUCUGCACUAUCCGGUAUUAUUAGAGCUCACGAAGCAGAAGAAGACUCCGCCCGGAUGAUCGAGCUCUAUCGACGACGACGAGGACAACCAGCCGGACGGGAGUCUCGGCGAGGAAUGAAAAUGCGUUCGCUAAUAUGUUUUUUUUUUAUACGAAUCUUGUUCGCGCACAUAGAAUUAAGUGAAAAGAUUGAAUAUAUCGCGUGAAGAGAGAACACAUUCAUCAUAUAAUAAAACAUAAAAGUGCAUAUAAGUCUGCCUCCAUGUCGUCUGACAAUGUCAAGGCCGGUUUUUUAUUAGUCAUCUGACGAAACGUUUAGUGCUCGCAUGCACUCGCGGAUCGAUCUUCUGCUGGUACGCAUCGUUCCGCAUCGUCGCCGUUAUCGGAAAAGUUCUGUAAGGAAGAUUUUCCGUGCGAGAAUCAAGCUUAAACCAAUACUCGACCUAUUCCUCGUUAAUUGACCCAUGAGUGUUUGCGGUAGAUGUCCGAUAUUUUAUAGAUAAAUGCGUAUAUAGUUGGAAGUGCAAAUAUAUCAAAAUUGUAUUUGUGCUUUCAAAACAUCUGAUUUAUUUAUUUGCACUCAAUCGCACAAUAAUUAAUUUAGCAGAGAUAUUUAUUUUUAUUCAAUGUGUAUUUUAUAGCGCGGAGAUAUUUACGAAUACAUAUUAAUUGCCGUGUGAUAUAACGAACUAUAAUCCUUCGCUUUAAAUUAAUCCAAAAUAUUGCGAGAGGCCCGCAGAUAUUAUUCUCGUAGCGGGUGAGACUUUUGGUAUCAUUUUACGCAUAUAUAGGGAAACAGAAGACGAGUACUAAUGGCAAGUGGAAAUUUUCGAUUGAUUGAAUAUUCUUAUGAGGCAGAAAAAAGUUUAGAUUUUAAAAAUGUAGAAUUUACGAUUAUAUCUUUAAAAUAUAUUUAUAUCGUGGCGAUGAAGAUUAUAUUAUAAAAUAGAGCCAGAAAUUGGUCAAAGUAGCCGAAGAUUAAAUAAUAUCAGGGAUAUUAAAUCAGUAACAUAUAAGUAACAUAUAUUAAUCUUCUAAUAAUAAAGUAUAUUUAUAAAUUACUUAUAAAUAUCUCAAAAUAGAAAUCAUCUUGUCUAUUAUAUCUUAUAAUAUUUUUCAUCCGGGGUUGAAAUGUGACUCUUAAUAGGGAGACUCUUUUUAGACGUACCUGAUUUUAUAUCGAAUUGAGAAUAGGAACACCGGAAAGACGAUUGAGUCUCGAACUCUGUGUCAGAGAGUGUCAUUUAUAAUAUGGCAAUGCGAUAUCGGCAAUUUUAUUAAUCAUUUUAUUAAUCAUUAAGAUUUCAAUUCUAAAUAAAUGGUUUGAGAUACUUCUCGAGUUCCUCAUUCUUUGCAGUUGACAGGACCAAUCGUGUUUAGAUACAACUGAAUUAUAAUUGAUAGAUUGUAUUGUUCCCACAGUGUAUUCUAUUAAUUGCGUCAAAAGACAUUUCCGUAUUCUUGGAUAAAGAAAAAAAGUAUCAAUAUUAUCAAUUAAGAAUUAACGCUUUUUGGGUCCAAAAAUAAAGCGAAGCCGGGCAGAAGUAGAAUAUUGACGAUUGCCAAUUCAGCGAUAUAGACGCUGGAACCAAACGUAAAUAAAAUAUUAGUUAUUAGGCUUGUUACAGGUAUAGUGUAUGUAGAUACAGGUAUAGAUCGUUAUAAUCGAAACAAUGUAAUUGCAGGAUAAUUUUAAGCAAACUUGUAAAAGAGCGAUUCUUAUAGAGGUCGAUUUUAUCUUGGUUACAUUGUACGUAUAUUGUGUAAUGGUUUAUUUAUUUAUUUAUUAAGAGAUUCUCAUAUGUAUAACUUUGUGACAAAAGAAUUCUCAAGUAUUUCUUAAGUAUAUCGCGCGUUCUAAAAAAAGAAAAAAAAAAAAAAAAAACAUUUUACCUCAAAGGACCAAUUUAUACGUAUACAUAGUUAAAGAUCUAGUCAACAGGAUUGCCAAACUCCCAUUCACACGUGAUACCUCCUUACGUCUUAAUAUUCGUAAAAUUUCUCUCUACUCGUGUAAAAAUAGAAUUGUUAUUAAUAAGAACAAUUAAAUUAUUACAUCACGGAAUAAAAAGCUAAUUUCAUGAAAAAA